AUUAACAAUUGCAAGUCAAUAAAAUGCACAAUGUAGUGAUGAACCAGAGCAAAGUCAUGAGGGUAUUUUUAGACAGCAGCUUCCUCUCCUUAAUGUUGUUCACCUGCUUUUCCUCUGCCGUGUCCUACUCUCUUUAUUCCUCCUCUUGUCAGUUGCAGGGACAGUUUCAUCUAAAUGGGAUGCACAAAACUGGAGAUGUGAUUCUAGGUGGACUUUUCCAAAUCCAUUUCUUCUCUGCCGACCCGGACGUGUCUUUUACCUUAGAGCCAGAGCAGCCGACCUGCUAUGGUUUUGAUGUUCUAGGAUUGAGACAGGCUCAGACCAUGGCCUUUGCUAUUGAUGAAAUCAACAGAAACUCCAACCUGCUGCCUAAUGUGACUCUGGGAUACAGUCUGUAUGAUAACUGCCUUCAACUAGGAAUUGGAUUUCGUGCAGCACUGACCUUAGUCAGUGGUCAAGAAAAGCAACUUACAUUAGAGGAGAACUGUGUAGGAACUCCUCCAGUCCUAGGGAUUGUGGGAGAUUCUUCUUCUUCAAGUACUGUUGCCAUAUCCACAGUUUUAGGUUUGUACAGAGUGCCUCUGGUGAGUUAUUUUGCCACAUGUUCCUGCCUGAGUGACAGACAGAAGUUCCCAUCUUUCUUUAGAACGAUCCCAAGUGAUGCUUUUCAGGUUAAUGCUAUGAUUCAGAUUCUAAAACACUUUGGUUGGACUUGGGCAGGUCUGCUCUUUAGUGAUGAUGAUUAUGGAGUCCACGCUGCCCGAUCCUUUCACUCUGAUCUGGGUCCAGCUGGUGGAGGUUGUCUGGCUUACACAGAGAUUUUGCCCUGGGGUGAUGACCCUGCUGAACUAAGGAGAAUAGUGGAUGUGAUGAGGAAAUCUACAGCUCGAGUGGUGAUUGUGUUUGCACAUGAGAGUCACAUGAUUAACCUCAUGGAAGAGGUGAAUCAGUUUUGGGAACACACAUUUCAGUGUAGAUUUGCACCACCUCCAGCAGGUUGGGUGGAAGUGGCAGGAGAAUUAUGCACUGGACAGGAAGUUUUAGAGAAUGUGGAGACUGAUUUUCUGGAUGUUUCAGACCUCAGGUCAGAGUAUAAUGUGUAUAAGGCUGUGUACACUCUGGCGUAUGCUCUUGAUGACAUGCUGCAGUGUGAGCCAGGGAGAGGACCUUUCAGCAACAACACCUGUGCUCAUUUACAAAGACUGGAGCCAUGGCAGCUUAUGUAUUACUUGGAAAAAGUCAACUUCACAACAACAUUUGGUGAUCAAGUGUCAUUUGAUGAGAACGGUGAUACCAUACCAAUAUAUGACAUCAUGAACUGGGUGUGGCUCCCUGAUGGAAGAAAUCAAGUUCAGAGAGUGGGUGAGGUUAAGAGGUCAACCUUCAAAGGUGAAGAACUCACACUGGAUGAAGACAAAAUCUUCUGGAACUUUAAAUCCAAACAGCCUCCUCGGUCUGUGUGCAGUGAGAGUUGUCCUCCAGGUACCCGCAUGGCCAGAAAGAAGGGGGAACCUGAGUGUUGUUUUGACUGUGUCCCUUGUUCUGAGGGAAAGAUCAGCAAUACAACUGACUCCAUGGAGUGCACCAGUUGUCCAGAAGAUUUCUGGUCCAGCCCCCAGCGUGACCACUGUGUUCCUAAGAAAACAGAGUUCCUCUCCUACCAUGAGCCUCUGGGUAUCUGCUUGACAACUACCUCACUGUUGGGUACAUUUAUCUGUGUUGUUGUUCUGGGCAUCUUCAUCCAUCAUCAGAGCACACCUAUUGUUCGAGCCAACAAUUCAGAACUCAGUUUUCUUCUCUUGGUGUCGCUCAAAUUGUGUUUCCUCUGCUCGUUGCUCUUCAUUGGACGACCCAGACCGUGGACUUGCCAACUAAGACAUGCAGCAUUUGGUAUCAGCUUUGUGCUUUGUGUCUCAUGUAUCCUGGUGAAAACCAUGGUGGUUCUGGCUGUGUUCAGGGCCUCCAAACCAGGAGGUGAGUCCAGUCUCAAGUGGUUUGGUGCUGUGCAGCAGAGAGGGACAGUUCUGGUUCUGACUUCAGUUCAAGCAGCAAUCUGCACUGCCUGGCUAGUCUCUGCUUCACCAGUGCCUCAUAAAAACACCCAGUAUCACAGUGACAAGAUAGUUUAUGAGUGUGCAGUUGGGUCCACAGUUGGUUUUGCAGUUUUACUUGGUUAUAUUGGUUUACUGGCUGUCCUCAGUUGUUUGUUAGCUUUUCUAGCAAGGAAUCUUCCAGACAGUUUCAAUGAGGCCAAACUCAUCACUUUCAGCAUGUUGAUCUUCUGUGCAGUGUGGGUGGCCUUUGUCCCUGCUUACAUCAACUCACCAGGCAAAUAUGCAGAUGCAGUGGAGGUAUUUGCCAUCCUGGCCUCCAGUUUUGGCCUGUUGGUGGCACUGUUUGGACCCAAAUGUUAUAUAAUCCUGUUCAGACCAGAGAGAAACACAAAGAAGGCCAUCAUGGGUCGAGGCACCACAAAGUUUCAAAGUUAAUACUGCUUUCUCUCUGGCUGCUCCACUCUGUAUUUUAGCAUUGGCUCAUAUUUACAGAUCAACAUGCAGGGAAUAAAGACAAUAAAUAAAUCAAUUAAAAAAAAAUUCCAGUUA